AUGCCAGGCAUACUACCCAUGAAGGUGAUCAAGGUGGGCAACAGCUCGCAGAGUCGUGUUGCCCAGGCUUGUGACAGGUGUAGGAGCAAGAAGAUCCGUUGUGAUGGCAUCCGCCCGUGUUGUUCGCAGUGCGCGCAUGUCGGCUUCGAAUGCAAGACCAGCGACAAACUGAGCAGACGAGCCUUUCCUCGAGGCUACACUGAGUCACUGGAGGAUAGAGUUCGUUCGUUAGAGGCGGAGGUUCGUGAGCUUAAGGGGUUGUUGGAUGAGAAGGACGAGAAGAUCGAUGUCUUGUCGCGGCUACAAUCAUUUUCGUCGUCGCGCAAGACUCCUCCGCAUGGCUCGACUGAGCCAGGCUCGUCGCCAUCCGAUGAUGCUUCCCCAGAGAAACGAGAAGACAUGAUCCAUGUUCAACAUUCGUGUUCAUUGUUGAGAAAACCAACCACAGAUGCACCCUUUACUGGCCCAUCGAGUACAAGGGCAUUCAUUGAUGCAUUUGCCAACAAGCUGGAACGGAGCGGCAAGUCAGCCGCAGGCAUCUCAGCGGAACAAUUGCUUGGUCCUCCAUCUCUCCCAAUAUGGGCACAUCAAGAUGUACCCCCGAAGAGUCCCCCACGACUUGUAUCAGACCAACUUAUCAAUAUUUUCUUCCAAGAAUGGGCACCGCUAUAUCCUGUCAUCCAUCGACCUACCCUGUUGAAAAUCUACGGCCAGUAUACCAACAACCCUGCGGCAUUUGAAGAUGACCCAUACUAUCUGGCACAGUUGAAUUUGAUCUUUGGCAUUUCUGCCAUAUCAUCUACCGCCCGUAUCCCGCAGGAUCCCGCGCUCUUCGAGCAAAAUUGGGUGACUAAGCUUGAUGCUCUGGCCGAUGACAUUUCUCUACCAGCCCUCCAAUGUUACAUUCUGGGACAGAUUUACUACACCAUCAAGGCUGAUUACAAGAGCCUGCUGCGUUACCGCGGCAUUGCUGUUGGGAUGUGCCAUCAACUCGGUCUGCAUCAAAGCCAGAGGAGGUUUUCAUUCAGUCCGCUAACCAGCGAAAUGCGAAAGAAGGUGUUCUGGUGUCAAUAUGUUCUUGACCGUUUUGCCGCUGCUAUGACAGGACUGCCUGUUUUGUUGGCUGAAUCAGAUGUGUGUGCUGAGUUCCCAGUCGAUAUUGAUGACGAGAAUAUUACAGAAGGAGGAUUCGUCCCCACACUACCUGGCGAACCAACUCGUGUUUCAAGUUCCUUGGCAUUGUUCUCGGCAGCACGUAUCUUAAGUAAGGUGCUUGCCCAGCUGUACCCUUCGCCGGCUGGCUAUAAUGUUUCUUUGUCCACUGUUCAUUCUCUCGGAGAAGAACUUGAUGAGUGGCAGAAGAGCCUCCCACAACAUCUUCAGCUUGAGUUUACGCAAGAUAAACCAAGCACCAAUGUCACGGGAAGUCGAUCACCUCUUCUGUCUAUAAUGUACUACUUCAUUCGGUCACUCAUUCGACGACCUGCGGUUUGCUUUGCUCCGCAGAACACUGCCUCCCCUUCCAUACUGGCCCUAGUAGACUCUGGGAAACAUAUCAUUCAAAUCCUUCAACUGUUAGAAGAAAGAAGAAUGAGCCUUGCGCUUAGUAUUAACAAAAGGGAGCUGUUAUUUGCCUCGAGCCUGGGUGUGCUGUGGCAGAACGUGGACCUGGGCCGUGACUGCAAGCUCGUUAAGGAAGGUCAAAAACUUCUCUCCUCGGCCCUAUCUCUCCUCGAAUGCGAAUCUCCUGAAGCUGCUUCUGAAUUCCAUAACAUCUUGAAUAUUGUCUCUCCAGUUGAUGACGCCAAUCGUGUCAAGCCAGAGCACCAACCACAUUCCAACUCAGACAUGUCUGCGCCUUCGCCGAAAGUCAAAUCGCCCAGGAAAACGCUAUCACUAGAAUCUCGCCACUCGUUUAACAUGAACACGCCUCAGUCCAGCGACACCUCGGCACCCUCUUCGAGUCCAGACCUAUGCGAACGCAGCAUCAGGUCCUCCAGCUCCCUCAGCAUGUCAUCAUCAGCGAACGCAGAGUUGACGGCGAUAACUCCCCGUUCCACAGGUGAGAUUUCUUCGGACUACCUGAACUUGGACUACCUCCCGUUGGGUAACCAGAAGGUCGAACUAAAAGCAACUCCAGGUAACGCACCCGGAGGCGGCUUUAGUAUCUCUGAUUGGGAGCAAGUCCUUGGAGGCAUCGAUAACGGACAUUCCAACAUAUUCAAUGGAAUCUACGGUGGUGGAGAGUGUGGUGAUGUCAAUGCUGCCGUCUUCGCCCAGCUCACGCCUACAUUCCAGUUCCCAUCAAAUCAACCCCCGCCCCCGCAGCAGAGUCUGCAGGGAUGGUCUCCGGAAGAAUGGCCGUCCUCUGCAAGCAGUGACUUCAAUGCCAGAUCUGGACAAAGCGUCAUAAGUUAUUCGGAGGAUAACAUCGGUCCUCUCGAUGAACUUCCACCGCCUGCACUAAGGACGAAACAAUGCGACUCGCUGCCACAGACGACGCAAGUACAGCAAUCUCCGCUGCCGCCACACCCAGCACCCACCGACGGACUCGAUAAUAUUAUUAUGUCACAUAAUCUCGGGGCGCUGGACAACACGUCUGACUUUGGAGGUAUCAUUGACGCCUGGGAUUUACGACAACCUGCGUGA